AUGGUACGCACGCGAAACGACGCCCCUCCCCCCGUGCGCCAGCUGCAGGAGCUAAGAAGCAAAAGAAGAAGUGGUACGUCCAAGGGAAAGGUCAAGGACAAGGCCCAGCACGCCGUCAUCCUCGACAAGGCCACCUCCGACAAGCUCUACAAGGAUGUUCAGUCCUACCGCCUGGUGACCGUCGCCGUCCUCGUCGAUCGUCUCAAGAUCAACGGCUCCCUGGCCCGCAGAUGCCUUGCCGACCUUGAGGAGAAGGGCAUCAUUAAGCCCGUUGUCCAGCACAGCAAGAUGAAGAUCUACACCCGUGCCGUCGGUGGUACUGACUAA